UGAAGAGAGUGAAGUGAGGAGUUUCCUUCAGUGUCUGCCUUAUAUCUCACAGCUCAGUUUUGUGCCUCUGUCAUCUCAACAUUUGGAGACAAUCAGAUUCAUAGUGAAUCUGUUCUGUGCAGCAGCAGAACGAGAACAGCAGACAGGAGAGAAGAUACUGGAGCUGUUAUCAUCAGUGUGCACAUACAGAGGAUUUACAGUUAAUGAAAUAUGGUGUGAUUUCCUGCUGGAUCUGUACUCUCAUGUGAAGGACUGUGAGACUAAAACAGGCUUGAGUGUCCUUCCAUCAUUACAGUCAGUUUUCCAGUCAGCUCCUGCAGUCUGGUCCAUAAACCUCUCAGAGAGAAAGACCUCCAUCCUCCUGGAAGUGCUGAAACUCCAACCAGAGAAGAAAAAAGUGGAGCUGACAGGCUGCUCACAUGAAGAGAGUGAAGUGAGGAGUUUCCUUCAGUGUCUGCCUUACAUCUCACAGCUCAGCUGUGAUCCAGACUUCUUCCAGAGUGUGUGUACAUCCAUGUCUGUAAGAUCCAGAGAGGAGGCCCAGCAGCUGGAGUCUCUGCUGCAGCUCCUGGGGUUCCAGCUGCUGUUAACAGGAGAGUUACACAAGAAAAGCUGCUGGUCUGUGGGGAGAGUUCUCAAACUGUGUGGCUCUAAAGUGGAUCUCAUCCUCACACCCAGCAAGAUGUCUGCCAGAGGAGCUGCUCUCCUCUUUAGACACACAACACAACUACACAGUCUGAGGCUUUCCAUCGACAUGUCCUUGCUCCUGUUUCAGUGGGUAAGAAGAGGCAGAGUGGUCUGUCCGCUGGCUGUUGAAGAGCUUUCUCUUGUGCCUAAGAAAGCCCGACCAUCACACAGAGUAAUGUUGAGGGCUGUCAGUAGUUUGGCUUCCCUGCUGAGAUACUGGACAGUCGGACGGUUAGACCUGACUGAGACCUGCAUCCCUGCUCAGGGUCUCAUUACACUGCUGCUCCAUGAUGGUCCUCUAACAGUCAAACUGAGUGAAGAGAGUUUCCAGCUGCUGCAGGCCCUUCUCCAUGAAAUCCAGGACAAGGACUGUGGCACAGUGGUUCGCACUGUUGCCUCACAGCAAGAAGGUCCUGAGUUCCAUUCCACCAUCAGGCCAGAGGGUUUCUGUGUGGAGUUUGAAUGUUCUCCCCAGGUCCUCUGGCUUCCCCCUACAGUCCAAAGACAUCCACUUAGUGGGGUUAGGUUAAUUGGAAACACUAAAUUGCCCAUAGGUGUGAGUACGAAUGGUUUCCUGUCUCUGUGUUAGCCUGGCACCUGUCCAAAGUGUACCCUGCUUCUCACCCCAAGACAGCUGGAAUAGGCUCCAGUGCCCCCUGCGACCCUGAAAAAGCAGAAUUGGAUGGAUGGAUGGAUGUUACCAGAAGCAUCACAUAGAUGUGAUUUUCUAAGCUAAAUUAAAAAACAAACAAACAAACAAAACAUUAAAUAAAAAACUUGUGUUUUCAGCUUGUGUCCAAUGGAGGGCAUGAAGCCUACUUUAAUUGAUGCUAACAUAAAUUAGCGGUGUUUAUCUGGAUAUCAGCUAUUUAUUCUUUGUAGCAGGUCAGUAAAGUUUCAUCAGAGGGGGAGGCAAGCUAAAGCGUAUUACUAAAGUUAAUAUGCUUUAUUUAUGAUGAUGAUGAAGUUUUAUUUGUCACUUGCUGUUGCCUGCAGUGAAAUUGGACCCAUUCCAACCAUACAUACAUUUAUGCUGUCUGUCUUUGCAUUCUCUCCUUUGAGUCUUCUGUUAGCUUACCAUAUUAGCUACAGCGAGUUACGCUGUUCAUAGCUGACUUUUAUCACAUAGAAUUAACUCUCAGACAUUUGAGUCUAUAGUUAUAAAUAAAAGAUACAUCAAUCCAUGAUUAACAAAAAUUGGGGAAGUCAGUGAGAAAGGACUCAAGUAUGUAAAACAUAAGUACAAUGUAGAAAACAUGGACUUUUAUUUCAAAGUAUAUACUUUUAUUGUUGUUUUUCUACUCUUAUACACAUUAUACACACAUUUUAUUAACAUGUUAGCUCUCAAUGUAUGUAAGAAUGUUUUUUAUCACCAUAUAUUCAUACUAAUUUGUGACACUGACUCUUCCAAAUGCUAAAAUAUCUUUAAUAAUAAAUAGUUGUAUAUCUUUAACCUUGUUCUCCAGAUCUGUCACAUCUAACGGGUUUUAACCACUUUUCCUGUUUUCAGUUUAGGUGAAGCCGCUCUGUAACUUUCAUUUAUUAACAAUUAAAAUUUUAAUUUUCAGUUACAUUUGUCAAAUUGUGUUGACAAAUUAAUGUUCUUGUGUA